AUGUUUACUCUUUCUAGGGCAGAAAAAACUGAAGUGUUAAGCGACGAUCUUCUGCAGGUGGAGAAGCGGUUGGACCUGGUCAAACAGGUGACCCACAGCACUCACAAGAAGCUGACGGCCUGCCUGCAGGGUCAGCAAGGGGCUGAAGAGAGAGAGAAGAAAUCAGUCAAGUCUCCCUCGAAAAAGCUCCCACUAACCAUCCUGGCACAAUGUAUGGUAGAAGGAGCUGCUGUGCUAGGGGACGACUCUCUACUAGGGAAGAUGCUGAACCUGUGUGGGGAGACAGAGGAGAAGCUGGCCCAGGAACUGAUUCAGUUUGAGUUCCAGAUAGAGAAGGAUGUGGUGGAGCCUCUCUAUGAGCUGGCUGAGGUGGACAUUCCCAACAUCCAGAAACAGAGGAAACAUUUAGCCAAGCUGGUGCUGGACAUGGACUCAGCUCGCACACGGUUUCACCAGUCGUCCAAGUCCUCCAGUCACCCUAGCAACCUGCAGGCGGGCGGGGCCAAGGGGGAGGCCCUCAGAGAGGAGAUGGAAGAGGCAGCCAAUAGGAUGGAGAUCUGCAGGGAUCAACUAUCAGCGGAUAUGUAUAAUUUUGUGGCCAAAGAAAUAGACUAUGCAAACUACUUUCAGACGCUCAUAGAGAUCCAGGCAGAAUAUCACAGGAAGUCUCUAGAGAUCCUCCAGAGUGUCCUGCCCACCAUUAAAGCUCACCAGGAGGCGUGGGUGGAGAAGCCUUCGUAUGGCAAGGCCCUGGAGGAACACCUGACCAUCAGCAGCAGAGAGAUCGCCUUCCCCAUCGAGGCCUGUGUCACAAUGCUGCUGGAGUGUGGCAUGCAGGAGGAGGGUCUGUUCAGAGUGGCUCCCUCGGCCUCCAAGCUGAAGAAGCUGAAGGCCUCCCUGGACUGUGGUGUUAUGGACGUACAGGAGUAUUCAGCUGACCCUCACGCCAUCGCAGGGGCUCUGAAAUCAUACCUCCGUGAGCUUCCAGAGCCACUGAUGACCAGUGAACUUUACGAGGACUGGAUUCAGGCGUCAAAUAUUCAGGAUAUGGACAAGAGACUACAAGCUCUGCUGGCGGCGUGUGAAAAACUACCAACUGACAACUUCAACAAUUUCAGAUACUUAAUCAAGUUCCUAGCCAAGCUAGGAGAUGAUCAGGACUCCAACAAGAUGACUCCUGGUAACAUGGCCAUAGUUCUGGGUCCCAACCUGCUCUGGACUCACUCCAACGAGAGUGGGAACGUGACAGAGAUGAUGACCACAGUGUCUCUUCAGAUUGUGGGGAUCAUAGAACCCAUCAUACAGCACGCUGACUGGUUCUUCCCUGGAGAUAUUGAGUUUAAUCUGACAGGCUGCUACGGCAGUCCCGUCCACACCAACCACAACUCAAACUACAGCUCCAUGCCUUCGCCAGACAUGGACCAAUCAGAACGCAAGCUGCCGCACGACCAUGGCAGACGCCCACUCAGCGUUGCCACUGACAACAUGAUGCUGGAAUUCUACAAGAAGGAUGGCAUAAGGAAAAUACAAAGUAUGGGUGUCCGGGUGAUGGACACGUCCUGGGUGUCCCGUAAGGGUUCGUCCACCCUGGCCCGUAAGGCCUCGUCCACCCCUCCCAGUGUCCAGGGUCCUGGCUCCCCUGCUGACCACUCCCUCAUCCUGGAGCAGCCUGGAGAGCUGGCCCAGUCCCCCUCACCCCCACCUCAACCUGGGGAAAGGGACCGGAUUGGUACACUGAGGAGUAAGGAGAGCUCUCCAGUGAUUGGUCACAAGGGGGUGCAGGUGGCAGGUCCGACGGUGCCCCCUGGCGUUGGCCAGCAGAGCUGCAGCCAGUCUCCCCACUCCACAGAACACAGCCCACACACCAUGCGCCAAGGCUCCAAGAAGCUGGCCCCUAUCCCUCCAAAGGUUCCAGCUGGGUACGGCCAGUCGGGUGGUUCUGGUGGGAUUUCGGACCAGUCCACAGGUCAGCCGUCGCCGGUCAGCCUGUCCCCCACUCCUCCGAGCACCCCCUCCCCCUAUGGACUGGCCGGUCCCCCACAGGCCCCUGGAGGACUAGGGGCCUCCUCCCCCGGUCAGACCCCUCUCUGUGGCUCCCUAGGGUCCCUGGGGUCCCUGUCCUCCCCCCCUUCUCUGACCGGCACGCUGGGCAAGUCUCGGCCCACCCCUAAGCCCCGGCAGAGGCCCAGCCUGCCCCCUCCUCAGCCGCCCACCGUCCCUCAGCCGGGGGCCACCCCUGUUGGCCCUGGGCCCCUGGAGCAGGGCAUCCUGGACGGACUGUCCCCCGGGGAGAGCAUGUCCACAGAUUACUUCAAUUAUGAAAUCCCCUCCAUCAAUGUGAACCUGGACAGCCUCAUCGACGAGUUCAGCGGUGCUGCCCCCUGCAGGCGCUACGGAGCGGUGACACACUCUCCUCCCCCGGGGAGAGACGAAAACCCAGACCACGACCCCUACGCCGUGCCUGAGGACGACGAACCCCAGGACACCACCUUAUGA